AGAGGGAGCAGCGCCCAGCGGCCGCGCUCGCUGCUGCUCCGGCUCCUCUCACUUCCUCAUCGAGCCCCGGGGACUCGCUGCUGGGACAGCCGCCGCCGCUCCGCCUUGAGCCCCGCGCCCGCUGCAGAGGAGGGGCACCACCGCCGGGCAGGAGAAGGGACCGGCCAAGGGCAGUUUGCGGGGAGACGGAGAAAGAGGUUUCCCGGCUCUGUGCUAAGCCAAGCCGCCGCGAUGUCCAAGCCGCCACCUAAACCAGCCAAACCAGGACAGGUCAAAGUGUUCAGGGCCCUGUAUACAUUUGAACCCAGAACUCCGGAUGAGUUAUAUUUUGAAGAAGGGGAUAUUAUCUACAUUUCAGAUAUGAGUGACACAAAUUGGUGGAAGGGAACCUGCAAAGGCAGGACUGGACUUAUUCCAAGCAACUACGUGGCUGAACAAGCGGAGUCCAUUGAUAACCCAUUGCAUGAAGCUGCCAAAAGAGGAAACCUGAGCUGGUUGAGAGAGUGCUUGGAUAACCAAGUUGGUGUAAAUGGUUUAGACAAAGCUGGAAGCACAGCUUUGUACUGGGCUUGCCAUGGUGGGCACAAAGAUAUAGUGGAAGUGUUAUUUACACAGCCAAAUGUAGAACUAAAUCAACAGAACAAAUUGGGAGACACAGCUUUGCAUGCUGCUGCUUGGAAGGGUUAUGCAGAUAUUGUAGAGAUGCUACUGGCAAAGGGGGCAAGAACAGAUUUAAGAAACAGUGAGAAGAAAUUGGCUCUGGAUAUGGCUACCAAUGCUGCCUGUGCUUCCCUGCUUAAAAAGAAACAAGGGACAGAUACAGUGCGGACAUUAAGUAACGCAGAGGAAUACCUUGAUGAUGAAGACUCUGAUUAACUUUCUUCAUAAUGUCUUAAGAACUAUCAUCUCUAUUGCCUGUCAUUCCCAAAUCAUAUCUUUGCAACUGUAAAAAAUACCUUAUACAGUAAUGAAGUCUUGCAAUCUCUCACUAUAACAUGUAAACAGAGAGUGAAAUCUCUUGCACAAGGAGAACCCACAAAGGCUAGGAAAUGCCAAGUUUUAAAUCAAAGUUCCCUUGAAAUCAUCAAACUGGAGGUUGUAUGCUGAUCUCUUCCUCCCAUCUUGCUGUAUGGGGAAGGGACUUAGCCCUCUAAACAUGCAGGUGUCCCAAGAUAUCCCUGCAGGUACCUAGUAUCUCUGCAAUACACUCCUCAAUCCUAGCUGUUUUCUUUGUCAGCAUAGUUGCUCUCCCACUGGCAGCACUCCGAAGAAUCUCUUUGAGGUUUCUUUCUUAUGUAUGAAUAAGAACUUGCUUAAAAUAUUAUGCUGGCAGGGUGAGCAUUAUUUUACAAGGGGAAACCCCGCAGGUAAGAGAUGGGAUAAUGCAAUGGUGAAUGGUCAUCCCCUAUCUCCACAGAGCAGGAAGAGACAACGUAAGGCUUCUUUUAAUUUCCACCAUAUGGGAGUUGGUGUGUGGGGUGAAAUGGCAGGGGAAGAGCUGCCCUGAGAAGUUUCUCUGUUUACUAUUAUGGGCCCAGAGAAUUUUGUUUUAGGAAGGAACUCAACUUUGGACUCCGUGACUGGAUUACUUCGCUGUUUGAAUUGUAUUGGUGUUGGAAUCAUUAGCAUUGAAGUGAGGAGGGAAUAUUUUUCUGUUUAUCCUGCCUUAGAAUUUUACCGAUCUUUUGCUUUUAUUUUUAAAAGUGUUCUUGUUUUUCCUCUAAAAGUACUUUACCUCAGAGCUGAAGUUUUUUUGAAAAUAUAUAUAUAUUAUAUUAAACCAAAAGUGUUGAGAAAAUUGCCUAAUCUGAAUAAAUCAUUUAAAACACUUGAA